AUGGCCAACGAAAAGGGUGACGACAGGGCCAAAAACCAAACCACCCCACCUUGUCCAAAGAGACGUCUCAGUCCAGUCGAUCCCCGUGAACGGUAUCGCCGGAUGUCGGCUGGUGCUGGUGCCGCCCCAAUGUUGCUGAGAGCAAAGAAAGUUGCCAUUUUCGAUCUCAACUAUUUAUCUACACUCAAGGCCCCGCAAGAAUGGCCGAAAGGCUCAGUAUCAGGGACUUUGAAUAACACUGACUUGUAUCCGACGACUCUUCCAUCAGACUACGUCAGCAUGGCCCCUUCAAGCACCACUGGUUUUCUAACCGUCUCGGAGAAUCCUCUCAUCAGCAUAUUUUUCGAGGUUUCCACGACGCUGCCUAUACCCGCCGGCAAACCUACCAUUGUGCUCUCAAACUCGCUGUCCGCUGCCACCUGGCUUUGGGAUCAAUUCGCUGCCAGUUUCUCUAAAUCAUACACAAUUGUCCGCUACGACAUGAGAUUUCAUGGCCAGUCUCCUUUGUCCAACACGCCGGGCUUUGAUUACGAAGCUGGCCACACUGUUGAGGAUCUAGCCUCCGAUGUCAUUAGGCUACUAGACCAUCUUGAGAUCAAACAAGCUGAAGCUUUCAUCGGUCUUAGUAUCGGCGGCAGUAUCGGUGUCGUCCUGGCCGCACACCACCCUGACCGCUUUCGCCGCCUGCUCAUUGUCGGCAGCCGCGCCCACGCGACGUUUGAGGAUGACAAAAUCUGGGACCAACGGAUUGCCUUGGCUAGAGAAGAAGGCACCGCAGCGUUAGCCAAACAGAGCGUUGCGCGGUGGUUCAAAGAAGAGUGGCGGACGGCGCAUCCUGAGCUAGUUGCCAGUAUCACAGCUCGGUUCUGUUCGUGGUUGGAGAGGAAGAUGCGGCGUCUGUAG